AUGACCCGUGCGCGCCGGUCCAAUCGCACCUCCGGUGUCAGAACUAAAUAUAUAGAGGACCCAUUCGUGGCCGCCGGCGUUAGCGACGACGACGACAACGACAACGACCGGGAAGAGGACCAACAUGAUCAUGACGAUGACGACGCCUCGGUAGCAGCGGCAUCGCAGAAGCAGAGGAGCAAGAACAAGAACAAGGGCAAAGCAAAAGGUACACGCGCGUUCGCGGCCGUGAACGAUAAAUCCUCCGAUGAGGACUUUGAGAUGCCGGAUGCCGGGACCUUUGAGGACAAUGACGACGACGACGACGACGACGACGAGUUUCAGGAUGAAGAAGAGGCGGAGGACGCGGUCGAGGAGGACGAGGAGGAUGGCAGCGAAGCUGGAGGAGGUGUUGGUGCUGCAAGGAAUACUGGUACUCCUUUUCGGCGGAAGCCACGCAAAGUCGGUGGUGGUGGUGCCGGGUUCGCUACUCCUGCUGCCGCCGCAAACUCCAGAACACCGAAGCGACGGCAUCCGGAUGGCAGUCUGCUGCUGACUGGCGAUGCGACGCAUUCGCGCGGCUCGUUUAACCCCCUUGAACAUGUGGGCAAGGCGGUCCAUCUGCGGGUCAUGUUCGGGACGGACAACCGCGAUCUGUUGGCGAUGAUCUACGCGCGCGAGCGGUGGGGUGGCGGGGUGGAUUCGACGUUUCCGACGCGCGAGGCGCUGGAGAGGGCGCUGGAGGGCGCCGACUACGGGUAUGGGUUGACGUUUGGGGUCGAGCCCGAGGACCUCAGGUUGGAGAGCGUCCGCGGCUGGGACUGGUACUAUCGCGACGGGGUCCGCGAGCGGUUCCGGCAGCGGCAGCGCCUGGCCAAGAUCGGGGAGGCGGCCGCGCGCCGGAAGUAUCUGGCUCGGUCGCGCGGGGAUCAUACCGUUCUCCUCGGGCCGGUGGAUGAUCAGAAGGAGUUCACGCUGGGCCAGCAUGCGGUGCUCGAUUUUGGCGAGGCGUGGGCCAGUAAAGCCAAGGCUGGGUCCGGUCGGAACAAGGUCCGCGAGGGAUGGCUUCUGAACUUCGGGAGCAAAGUGCAAUGUCUGGCCUGGGCGCCGAAUCAGUCGGGGCGGACGCAGUAUCUGGCCGUCGUGGCCCCGAUUCUGCCGGACCAGAAGGCCAAGGUUCCCGAUCCGCUGAAGGAUCAGGCCGCCCCGGCGUUCAGACCCUCGGCGCCCUAUCCCUGCGCUCUGCAGAUCUGGGCGUUCAAGGCGCAAGAAUCAGAGACGCUGGCGCGGAAGAUCGAUCUAGGCUUCCGGCCACAUUUGCGCUUGGCCCUGUGUACGGAUUGGGGCGAUUUGCGGCGCUUGGCCUGGUGUCCUAUGCCGCGCAGUCCUCGAGGCGAAGACGGCGAGGACGAGCGCGAGAGCCUGGGGCUUCUGGCGGGCAUCUGGACCGAUGGUUAUGUGCGGGUCAUCGACGUGAAAGUCGGCCGGGAUACCAAGAAAGCUGAAUUCUACCAGGUACAGUCCACGAUCUUCGAGGCGAAGCCGCCAUCGACUGUAUGUACAUGUGUGACAUGGCUCUCGCCAAGCGAUAUCGCCGUCGGCUGUGCCAACGGCUAUGUCGCGAUCUGGAGUAUCGCGCCGUCUCUGAACUCGUCAUCGAGUCCCGCCCCUUACUUUUACCAAGCACUCCACUCCACCUGGGUCCUCAACAUCUCAUCAGCCUACCCGACGUAUCCCCAUCUGAUAGCCACCACGUCCAUGGACGGCGACACCAGGCUUACGUCGGUCGUCGACCCGCCCAAGGACCAGGUGUAUACGAAUCGUAUGCGGGUGGGCUCGACGCAUCUCUCGUACUGCCCGCCGCUGCAGUCGUUCCUCUCCAGCGACGAGAACGAUUUCGCCCGUCUUCUCGCCGUGCGGCGGUUCUACACCUCGACCGCAGUCGCCCGGCUGCCAAGCCCCAUCUCGGCGCUGGCGCCGUGCAGCUACUGGCAUCCCAGCGUACUGUUUGGCUGCGUGGGCGGCACGGUGCAAGCCACCAACCCGCUUCGGCGGGUGCUGCAUUCCAAGGAGAAACAAUGGCAACAGAACUGGUUCCAGCAUGAAUGGGUGCGUGGCCCGCACGACACUGGCACGGGAGUCAGUCGCUUCUACGACGGAUACCGCGCCGAGAGUGUCAGCCUGCUGCGCAACCUGAUCGGGGAUCGCAAGCUGGUCAACGGGAUGGCGAUGAUCACGAUCUACGAGGAGGAAACGCAUGUUACCGCGCUUUCGUGGAACCCCAACCAAGCGUGUGCCGGAUGGGCCGCCGCGGGCUUGGGAUGUGGCUUGGUCCGCGUCGAGGACCUAAUUCUGUCUUGA